AUGACUAUAAAAACAAGAGAGCGGAGUACGAGUCUGAGGCGGAGGGAGUCAUGGCAGGAAGGACAAGGGUUUAGAAAGUUUCUUCCACUCUUUGACCAAGUAUUGGUUGAAAGGAGUACUGCUGAAACUGUAACCAAAGGAGGCAUUAUGCUUCAAGGAAAAGUAUUGCAAGCAACAGUAGUCGCUGUUGGAUCGUGUUCUAAAGGUAAGGGUGGAGAGAUUCAACCAGUUAGAGUGAAAGUUGAAGAUAAAGUUCUUUUCCCAGAAUAUGGAGGCACCAAAGUAGUUCUAGAUGACAAGGAUUAUUUCCUGUUUAGAGAUGGUGACAUUCUUGGAAAGUACGUAGACUGAAAUAAGUCACUAUUAAAAUGGCAUCGACGUGAAACUGCCCAUUCCACUGAAGUUCUGAAAUCUUUCAUCAUGUAAAUAAUUUCCAUAUUUCUCUUUUAUAAUAAACUAAUGAUAACUAAUGAAAAAAAAA